CAGCCGUGUCCAAUCGCAGCUUCCGCCCAUUGUUAUCGGGCCCUCCCACACGCGGCACGCUGAAGCGUGCUUCAGCAGCAGCCAGCGCACUUUUCGUUGCGGCGCUUGCGAUCAACGACCGCUGCUCACUGCUGGCGCUGCACUCGUCGCCAUUGUUUGAUUUCACCACCGGGAACGAAGAGCUGUGAAAUACGCUGCACUUUCAUUCACGCACGGGCACGCACUUUCCAGCCUUGCAUAAUCCUCUUUCCUGCCUUGCUUGAUCUUAUUAAUUUUGACCUGACUUCCGUCACUUCCCAGACCAUGGCUUCAAAGCGAAGUCCCAGCGGUUCUCCCCGGGCAUCCCAGUCACCAUCUAAGAAAGCCCCUGAGACGCACCCAGAGUUUUAUCUGAUUGUAGGAAUACAGAGAGGAACUGCAUUUCCUGUUUUCGAGGAGCUGGAGGAGCUGCUGCGCGAUUCCACGGCAGUCACGGCGCGGAAGUUUUUGACAGCCGUAACUGCAUGGCCCUACUUCAAGUCCUGCGUGGAGAAAGAGAGCUCCAUCAUCAGUUCCCGCGAUGCUGCGUCGCGCAUCUACGGCCUCCCAGAAUGGCCCUGGCCGAACGCACGCAAGGGCGAAGUGGACGACAUCAUUGCUAUAAAGGGUACCAGCGGACAGCGGGAAGUGUGCCUUAACGUGGUCAGGAACCUUCCCUUGUCCGGUUUGACCUGGGAUGUGACCGAUGAUCUCCCGAAGGCAGGCGGCGAGGGCCCGAGCACCAGCGGCCAAAGCGGAGCGGGUGGAGGGGCGCCGCACGCGUCGGGAGCGACUACCUCUGCAGGUGUGCUCUUCAAGUUUCGCCCGUGGCAACCGAAACUGGACGGAAGCGACGUGAGCAAGAAGGACGCCAAGCAGCCCCACCGCAUGGCGCCGGAUGAGCCCGUGCUGGCGGCCCCGGCGAAGCCGGAGGAGCGCAGGUCCGACUCCCGGCGCGAGGCCAACGCGGCGGCCGACAGCGUGAAGCACGCCGCCGGCGGUGUCGUGCAGCAGAGUGGUCGGAAACGGAAGGCGAGCAGUGACGAAGGCGACAAGAAGCGCCGCGACGGCGGCCAGGCCGCGCGGGCCAUCGACGAGCCCCUCCAGGACCGCGCCGCCGCCGCCGAGGUCUCGCAGCGGCAGGAUAAGGGGCCGGACGCCGGGCAGCAUGGCCGCCGUUCCCACGAGCAGGCUGAAGUGGAAUCGGCGCAGUUGGCCAGCGUGAGCGGGCAGAAGGUUGUUGCCAGCGACGAGGACGCCAAGGGCACGGGCCAGGAGACGCCGGACGAGCAUGUGCAGGCGGCCGACGAGAAGAAGGAAGCGCUGAAGCCCGACGCCCGGCACGAGCCCGAGGAAGCGGCCGACACCCUGGAGCAUGCCGCCGGCGACGUCCUGCAGCAACCGGCCGGUGAGAAAGGGAGCGACGAGAAGCGCCGGGAAGAAGUGGACGAGUCCGGCCAGGAGCGGGCCACCGGCGCCAGCGCCAGCGCUACCGGCGUGGACCAGGCGCAGCAUGCGAUGGAGGCGUGUCGUCGUACGCUGGUGGCGGUGCGGGAUGAGGCUGGGACGGCGCUGUCGGACGCUGGGCCGUCGCAGGCUGCCCCCGUCCGUGCGUUCGCGGCGCGCGUGGGCGUCCUCUUCGUCUCGUUGGCGGACAUCUCCUCCCUGGCGCUCGCGUCCUCCAUCGAGGCGUCCGACGUCCAGGAGGGCCUGCUGGAGUUGGCCGCCAAGCUGGAGAAGGGCGGGGCCUCGUCCACCGGCGGCGGGGGCUCUGUUGAGGACCGCGAGCAAGAGCCGCAUGGCAGCAAGUGAGCGCUGAGUGACGCUGACCCAGCGGAUGGUACUCUUUUCGUCUUUAUCAUUCGCCGGCUCAUUUGAUCGCGUUUUAUAAUCGUACACUUUUCCGCCUUGAGCGAGUAAUUUCUUUACAGUCUUUGAAUCAAAUGUUUCGGUAAUCGGUACGCUUUUUUUGGAGAUGUUGUUUGCGUGUAACCGCUAAAUUGGGUUGUACUGCGCGAACGCUUCUGUAUGGUGUUGUGCGGUAUUUUUGGACGACUUUUUCUUUGUACGGCUAACGGGGAUCUCUUUUUUUGUGAACAGCAGUGUUUUGUAUUGUGGCCAACGUUGGGCUUUCAGGGACAAAUUUUUUUUUUUGAUAAAUGAGGAUCGGUA